UUUCCUCUGUGCUUGUUGAUGCAGGACGUGCUCCAUACGGAUCUGUUGACAUGCUGCUGAUAUGAGGAGUGAGUUUAACAGGUUUGGUUCCUGUGCUGGAUCUGAGAGGUAGACUGGACUCACCUGCAGAGGAACAGAUUCAAUGUAGAUUAAAAACCAGACUAGAUUCAGAAGCUAUGACUUUGGUGAUGAACAAAGAUUGGUCCGUCCUGCAGGGUGCUUUCCUCCACACUGAUAAGCUGUGUCUCCCCUCAUCCCUGUCCUCUCUUCAGAAGGCAGACUGGAUCAGGGUGGGACAUCCAGUCCUGGAGGCGAUCAGAGAAAUCUGCAGCCGAAAUGAACAUCCUACUGUAUCAGCAGAGGGGUGUAUAAAGACGGUGGUGUGUGCUGUGUGGAUGAAGCUGUUGGGCAGAGAGGCUGGAGAGGAUGUAGAGACGGCGUGGAAGGAGAGCCCUUUCUUCCCGCUGCAGAACAGCCUACCUGAAGUCAACCACGUCGUCCUGCUGGAGCUGGUGAAGUCGACGAAAGCAGCUCAGAUAUUCGCUCACUUCCUGUUGCAUCUUCCUCGCUCUCAGGUGUGCACAGAGCUGGACAGGCUGGUGCAACACGUGAAGAGCAGCCCGACUACAGAGGAGGAUGUGCGGCUUGUUUUGGAGGUGUGGUGGGAGCUGUGGAAAGGUAGAGACGAGAAGAAAGCUGGAGGACCAAAUGACAUGGAGACGAUGUUUGAGCAACAGUUUGCUCGUCUCUCCUCUGAGUCUUCAGGUGGGACUCAUCAGGCCGCCAAGAGGUUAAAGCUGGACCCUGCAUCGCCAAACAGUGACGUCCUGCACAUUCUCCUUCAUGCACUUAAAGACGUACAACAUCACAUUUCUGCGACAGAUCUUUGCCUCCAGGCUUUCUCCAUUUCUCUUGAUUCUCUUUGCACAACCUUCCUGAUUGGCCGAGCAGUCGCACUUCCAACCAAAGAGAAGCUGCAGAUCCUCUCUAAAGCUGUCGGUAUCAGAGAACAGAGUGAUGAGAAACUGAGUCCUGAGCUGGUUCGGGAAGCUCAGAGAGACCUGCAUGCAUCUCACACUCCAUCCCAGUUUCAGCCGAGCAUUAUGAAGUUUGGUGAAGCCCUGAAGAUUGUAACAGAAGCGGCUCAGUUGUGGCAAAGCAGUGGUCUCCUGAAGGUGUGUGACUCGUGCUACUCUGCAUUCAAGCUGGAGCAGAGUGUCCAGAGAGUCCUGACAGCUCUGCAUGAAGCAGAAGAGCCUGAAACUUCGACUGAGGUGAACAUACUAAGAGGUCUGCUGGAGUCACUGACUUUCCCCGCUGUGGAGAUCAAACCUGAGGUGAUGUCGAGGGUUGCAGCGAUGAUCAUCAGUCACCGCCUGGAUGACUAUCAGGACUUUGCGGUGCUGUUUGCCAGCGAGACAAGCUGGGCUGCAUGUGGUGAGCACUGGAUGGACUGCCUGGAGAAAAACCAAGCAGCCUUCCAGCAGCUGGACACCCUCAUCAAACUCACCUCCACCCUCAUGAGCAAACUCCAGAGUCAGAGCUCAAACGUGAGCCAGUGCAGGAAGCUGAUGAAAGUCAUUGCUGACAUAUUUUCUGCACUUCCUUUAAAAGACAAGAACGAAGCCCUCGCUGAGAUGAUGAGGCUCUCCAGCAGGGGGUUCUUUGGGUGCUCCGUUCCCUCUGCGGUGACUGACGGGUUUGAACAGGAGCUCAACAUGGCCUUCAACUGCAUCAUCCAGGGAGGAGGAGGAGCAGCGGUGUCAUCUCACAGCAAUCUGAACACAGCCGUGUCUUUAGUCGCCAGGGUUGCGUAUCAGAAUCCGGAGGCUGCUCUGAAGUCGUGUUGUCACUCUGCUGUUUUCAAUAAAGGGGCUUUCUCUCUGAUGGCGGCAAUCCUGCAGCAGCUGCCUGGACUCAGAGGACAGAGAGGAGGAAAAGAUGGAGCUCAGAUUGAUGAGAAGGAAGGGAAAGAGUCUGAGGAGAGGAUAGAUGAAGGAGAGGAUGCUGCAGAUGGGAGCAGCCUACUCUGCAGGUGUCUGGAGGAGAUCGUCAACACCAAGUCGUUAGCGGCGAAUGAAAGAGAGCAGUUCCUCAAGUUUCUGGGCCUGCUGAUGACGCCCGUCCUGAUCGGCGAAGGAGAGGAACGAAAGGAGAGCUUUGUGCAGCCUCAGGAGGUUGUGAACAUCUUCGUCCUGUCUAACCUCUCCACUGUGGGUAACAGCUCCUUCGAUAUCGACCUGAGUCUGCAGCUCCUCCACACCGCUCUGUCUGUGGACGUCCAGGAAGCGGCUUCAUCUCCUCACUGGGUGUUGGACUGCUCUCCUUUCCCUCUUCUCUACAUCCUCGCUCAGCUGCUCGACCAGACUCUCAGUUGUAGGGAGCAGCCACCAGAGUGUGCUGUCCGCCUCUGGUCCAUGGACACUAAAGACCUGCUGGUGUCGCUGCUGACCUCUCUGGGGCAGGUGGUGGGUGCAGAGGUGGCCGCGGCCCCCAGCAGCUGGUCCAGAGCUCUGUUCUGGCUCUACAACAAGAUCGAGGAGCUGGACUGGACGGUUCGAUUCCACCUGAAGCCCGUGUGGGGUGACCACUUCAAAAACGAGGUUCCCUCUGCUCUGCUGACCGUCUGUGAGCUACCUGAGCAGGACUGGUCCGGUCUGGAUCUGCCUCAGUACAGCCUGGGAACAGGUCUCCUAGCCUGGAUGGAGUGCUGCUGUGUGUCCGACUCUCUGCGGUCCACCAUGUUAGCUCACCUCUCUCUGGACCAGCGCCGGACCGACCACGUCAGCAUGUUCAGCAAAGGCCUGCUGGUGGCUCUGACCCAGACUCUGCCCUGGUGCUCCGUCUCUCAGUGGACCAGACUGCUGAGAGUCCUGAAGGAGCUGAUCACCUCGGGUCGCCUCCACGUUCCCUUCUCACUGGAGUACGUGGAAUUCCUGCCUCUCCUGGAUCUGAAAAAGUUCUCCUGUGAGCUGCGCCUGUCUGUUCUCCUGCUGCGAGUCUUUCAGCUGCUGUGCGGGUCGAGCUGCUCGGACUGGCUCUCAGGGGACGGCUGGGCUCACGUCGGCCGGUUGUACGCCUACGCCAUGAGGGAGAUGAUGCACUCGGUGAGGUCCAAGCUGCCUCUUCCUUCCUCUGGUGCUCUGAACGUCUCUGAAUCAACGUCCCCUAAAACACCAGCGACCAAUCAAUCCUGCACUUCUAUCAGAUCCCCAAAGAUGUCCAAAGACUCUGUGAAGGAUCUCAGACCAGCAGAGGACUCUCUGGACAUGGAGCUGGAGGCGGAGACAGAUGCCAGCCAGGGAGUCCUGUUUGUCCUCAGCCAGCUCUUCUGCCAUGUUCAGCACAUCCAGGUGAUGAUGCCCGGAGGUCAGAGUGAACCCUUGUUCCUGUCCUGUCUGGAGAUCCUCAGCCACUACGAGGCGAUCAUGUCUGCUUUCCCGCGCAGCAGCAGCCCACUGGAGAGCGAAAACACGCGUCACUUCUUUUCCACCAUCACCGACAACCUGGUGAACACAGAGAUGAAGGCCGUGCUGCAGCAGAAGAUCUCUCAGCUGGUGUCAUCGGCUGCCUGAGGAGGAAUUAACCUCUGUGGAUUUUCAGUUUUUCUACAUUAGAUACAUUUUACUUUCAGUUUUUGCAGCACUUAGAUAACAAAGAAAGUUAUUGCUAAUUGUUUAAUGAAUUAAUAAAAAUCUGACACUUCUCAGCUGA